AAUAUUGACUUGCACUUUGGAACUAUUGACCAUGCGGCUUCGUAUCACCGAGCAUCAGGACACUGUUGUGAAGUUAAAGGAAAAUGGCAAACAGCUUCUUUGUUCCUGCCCUGGGUCUGCUGGGAUGUCUCUUCCUUGCUGAGUGUGCAGUUUUUAUAAAUCAGGAAGAAGCCAGCACCGUUUUGCACCGAUACAGGAGAUUCAACACUGGGCGCCUUGAGGAGGUUCUCCAAGGAAACCUCGAACGAGAAUGCAUGGAAGAGCUAUGCAACUACGAAGAAGCGAGAGAAAUAUUCGAAAACGAUGAGAAAACUAUGACAUUUUGGACAGUCUACAUGGACGGAGAUCAAUGCGACCCCAACCCCUGCAAGAAUGGAGGACGUUGCAAAGACGACACAAAUGACUACGUCUGUUGGUGUCCAGGUGGUUUUGAAGGAAAGAGCUGUGAACUUGAUGCUACCUGCAAAACCAAAAAUGGAGGAUGCAAACAGUUUUGCAAGGACAACGAAGCUGGAAGAGCAGUUUGCUCCUGUGCCGCAGGAUACAGACUGAAGGAAGACAUGAAAACCUGUGAACCAACAGUGCCCUUUCCCUGUGGAAUGAUCCAAGCUCCAGAAGCUAAGAGUAAAUUCACUCGUGCCCAUCCAUCAAACUCAUUUGAUCACUGGAUCGUCUCAAGCAAUGCCACUGAUGACGGGGAAGAAGGCUACAACCACACUCAGGUUUCCUUUCAUUUGGCAUCCAAUAUACGAGUGGUUGGCGGCAUGGAUAGCAAGAAAGGAGAGGUUCCCUGGCAGGUUUAUUUGCUCAAUUACGAAGGGAAAGGGUUCUGUGGAGGCACCAUCAUCAACGAAAAGUGGAUUGUCACAGCAGCUCAUUGCCUUGAGUUUCAGCCCCAAAUGAUUGUCGCAGGUGAACACAAUGUCUAUGUUGUGGACAAUACCGAACAAUACCGCAAUGUGGUUAGAGCAAUCCCUCACCCUACCUACAAUGUCACUAACAAGUACCACAAUGACAUUGCCCUCCUUGAGUUGGACAGACCUUUGGAGUUCAACCACUAUGUCAUCCCAAUUUGCCUUGGAGACAAAGACUUCACCAACAACCUUCUUAAGUUUGGACUGGGCACCGUGAGUGGAUGGGGGAAGUUGGCUUACCAAGGCAGGCAGGCGAGCAUCCUUCAGGUGCUGCAAAUCCGGUUUAUUGAUCGACCCACGUGUCUGAGGAGCAGCAGUUAUCCCAUCUUGCCGAAUAUGUUCUGUGCAGGUCACCCUUCUGAAGUCAAGGAUACUUGCCAAGGGGACAGUGGGGGUCCAUACACCACGGACAUUGAACACAUAUGGUUUCUUACAGGGAUCACCAGCUGGGGGGAGCAAUGUGCAAAGAAGGAUAAAUAUGGAAUCUACACCAGAGUUUCCAGAUACGUUAAGUGGAUAAGACAGACCACCAAACCAACAUAAAUUAAUCCAAAAUCCAAGUAGAGUUCCUCUUCCUUUCUCAAGAAUCAUACAGUUAUGGAGCAGGGUAUUCACACAGGACUGUAACUGCUUCACAGAAAUAGAUUUGGAAAAUUAAAAUCAUAGGACAAUUGUAUAUAAGAAUGGGAAAGCAUCCUGUCUAUCACACAGCGAAAAAAAAUUGUAAGGGAAAUACUAUUUGUGUGAGCAAAGAAAAAUCAUGGCACAACAGCCCAAAUACUUAAUUUGGAUCACUAAGUUUGAAAUUCAGGAAGCGAGGCUGGGUGGUUUUUCAUAUGUUCCCUACCAUUUUUUUUUUUUUUUAAAAAAAACAAGUGUUUCACAAGAUUGCUAACAGAGCUAAAUACAGUAUUGAAAAGCACACGGGAAAAUGAACAGGCCUAUGCAUUUCAAUGCUACAUUAGCUCUCAGUGCAAUGAUGAUGCUUUGUGAUGGAACACAAUAAAACCAGCACUGAGUUGCAACAUGAGAAAAAA